AUGUCGCAUACUUUGCGCCCUCGAGCGAAUUGCAUUCGCAAAGCCCUCCGCUAUUCCAAACGUUCCAUAUCAUCAUCGAAUCCAAGCAGAUUGCCCGAAACCGAAGCGAUACAAGACGAAGAGGAGGCAGCACAUUUCCCGACCUCAAUCCCAACACCUACCAGCUUCCUUUCCACCCGGUCUGAAGUUGACGCAUACCUCCGCGCACAAGAUGAUGCCUACCUAGCAAGCUUGGAACGCCAUCUAAAAUCCCUCUCUCGCACCGCAAACACAAUAAAUACGAUCCUCCCCGAACUAAAUCGCCGUUCGGCCCUCAUUCGCCCACCUUCAAACYCCGCAUCACAAAUCGAAAAGGCCACCAUACCACCCUAUACCGUGGCACAAUGGAAGGACAAAGCAGAAAUGAUACUCCCAACCACCAACAGUCUCAUCCAACAAAUUGAGCGCGUGUUGAAGAACAUCGAGGACUUGCAAGGGGAACCGUAUCGUGCGGAUGUCUCUCCCUCGCAACGGGAGAAAUUGAAUAAGAAAGUUGCCGACUGGAGUGUGGAAGAGAAAACGAAAGAAUUGAUGAACGCAGAGUUAUUGAAAACGGGCAUGGAAGCGAGGUUUGCGCGUGGAGUGGAGCAGUUGGAUAAUGGCGUCACAGAGAUGUUGGCAGCGAGGCAGGAGAAAGCGUUCAAGAGUUCUCGCAGAGAAGCUCCUAGCGACAGCGGUCAUGGCCCAUCAACAAGCACAAUCAGUGCGGGUGGCUCGGCUAUGUCUUAUAGGCCUUUGGUCAGCGAUCCAGCUGCAACUUCUCCUGCGGCUGGCAUGGACAUACCCAAGACAGCGGGAUGGGGAAUGUCAGCCACGAAAGCGGAGGAGCGAGGGAAACAUAAUGCUCGGACGCCGAACCCAUUCGUACAGAAGCCGACCGUCCCACCGAGGAAUAAAAGUAAGAAUGAAAUGGAGGCAAUUAAGAGGAAAUUGGACACGGGGACAGAAUCACAGCCUCCCCCGCAGGAUACCUUGACCACAAAAACAAAAGAAGAGGUAUCGAGACCGCGAUCAGAAUCAGAGGCACCGCCACAAGCAAAAUCCCCUCCCAGAUCACUGGCAGAUCUGCAGCGGCGGAUGAAUGUCUUGCAAGAGGGGAAAGAAUCUUCGCAGUAG